AUGGCGGACACACUUAUAGCAAUUAAAGGAGAGGAUUUUCUAGCUAUCGCUUGCGAUACAUAUGAAAAAUACUCUAUCAUCACUAUCAGAAAUGAUGAUGAAAGUAAAAUCAUGAAAAUUGGACAAUCAAAAGUUAUCAUGCUAGCAGGACCAAUGGGAGAUAGAGCACAGUUCUCAAAUAUGAUCAAAGGAACGUUACAGUUUCUAAAGUACAAAAAUACACAAGAACUAUCAACUAACGCAGCGGCACAUUUUGUCAGAUUAGAACUCGCAGAGUAUCUCAGACAAAACCCCUACCAAGUUGAUAUGAUUAUCGCAGGAAUAGACCAGGAUGGGCCAAAAUUAUUCUGGAUUGAUUAUUUGGCAAGCUGUACGGAAGUAGAAACCGCUGUACAUGGAUAUGGUGGGUUCCUACUCAGGGGACUCCUGGACAAGGAAUUUAAACCUAACAUGACAAGAGAUGAUGCUAUCACACUACUCAAAAAAUGCAGACAAGAAGUUAAAAACAGGUUCCUAUUGUCACAGUCCAACUUUGCAGCUAAAAUUAUUGAUAAAGACGGAAUACAUGAUAUCAAUAUACAAGAUGAACAAGAACCGGAAGUAUUCAAAAUACAACACAAACAUGCUCAUCUACCAAUAGAUGUCACCAUGCAAUAA